AUGGACCUGCUCAGUGGAACUAUUUUAACAACUUUUUCAGAUUGCAGAGGUGAAGAGGCUGUAGACCAGCAGAGUGGACAUGUUUCUGCCCUUGAAGGAGGACUGGUAACACUCAGCUGUAACUACACUAUUACCAGUAGUCCAUCUCCUGAUCUCUUCUGGUACAUCCAGUUAACUAGGGACUCUCCUCAGUAUGUCCUGAGAAGAGAUCGUUAUUCAGAAGGGAGCAAUAGUUAUGAGUUUAAGAAGAGGUUUGAUUCCAGGCUGAAUUUCACAUCUAGCUCUGUCCCCUUGACGAUCCAGAGGUUGCAGCUGUCUGACUCUGCUGUGUUCUACUGUGCUCUGAGGUCCACAGUGACAACAAGUGAUUCAGUCACUGCACAACAACACAGGGUAGAGUGUUGUUCAGACAAUGUCACAAGCUUCUCAGUGUUUGACGAUACACAGAAAGAGGAGGAGACAAGGAUUUCCUUUUCUCAUCAUGGCCUAGUUACAUCAGAGUGGUAUUACUCUUCUCCCACUGAUCUCACGGUAGCAGGCAUGGAACCCUGGUUGAGGAAUUUACUGAUUCUUGCUUCAUUUUGUUAUGAAUGCAGAGGAGAAGACUCAGUCAUUCAGCCACCAGGAGAUGUGAUCGCUACUGAGGGAGAACAGGUCACACUGGACUGUCAAUUUGAUGCAGUUAAUACUAAUAAUCUCUACCUGUUCUGGUACAAGCAUGAAGUAAAUUGCUUCCCAAAGUUCAUGCUGGGACUUUUUUCUUUUAGAAGUACAAAUGCCACUGGAAAUAAGAAGAGAUUUGAUGCCCAUCUAGAUAAAGACUCAAAAUCUGUCCCCUUGACGAUCCAGAGGUUGCAGCUGUCUGAUUCUGCUGUGUACUACUGUGCUCUGAGGCCCACUGUGACAACAGGAUAUACAGCCCCCCUACAAAAACUAGUGUAUCCUUGGCGCUAAUGUAGAAACAAU